UCCACCUCUGAAAUCCUAACUCCAUCAUAUAGGUGCCAGCUCGGAAGCCAAUUCCAUUUUUUUGUAGUGUUUUGAUGUUUUCAUCUUCUUGCGUUGUGAUGAUAUACUAGUUCUGUCAGUGUCUGUCUAUCCAUUCCACCUUCUCUUAUUCUCACCGGUUGCUGACACGACCAGAAGUAGAAGAACUCGAACAACAAAAAUGGCGAUCAAAAGCUUAGAUUGCGUUACAGUAGAAGAUAUCACGGGGCUUGGGAUAUCUUCUGAUGCUGCAAAGAAGCUCCACGGAGACCUGACUGAAAUCCUCCGGGAAAACGCCAAUUCAGCUGCAGAUACAUGGAAGAAAAUCAGCAAGAGAAUUCUGAACCCUAAUCUACCUUUUGCGUUCCAUCAGAUGAUGUACUACGGAUGCUUCAAGGAUUUCGGCUCUGAUCCUCCUGCUUGGAUUCCCGACCAGGAGACUGCGAUCUUAACAAAUGUUGGUCGUUUUCUAGAGAAACGUGGAAAAGAGUUUCUUGGCUCAAAAUAUAAGGACCCUAUCACAAGCUUCUUGGAUUUCCAGGAAUUUUCAGUCUCCAACCCUGAGGUUUACUGGAAAAUGGUAUUAGAUGAAAUGAACAUAUCAUUUUCUGUACCCCCAUCAUGUAUUUUAUAUGAGCAUACCUCCGAGGGAGGUCAUUUGUCUUACCCUGGAGGUCAAUGGUUACCGGGGGCAAUUCUAAAUUGUGCGGAAAAUUGCUUAAAUCUGAAUGGAAAGAGGAGCUUAAAUGAUACAAUGAUCAUAUGGCGUGAUGAAGGAGAUGACAAUCUACCUGUGAAACAUAUGAUGCUUAAGCAACUCCGUUCAGAGGUCUGGUUGGUUGCAUAUGCACUUGAUACACUGGGCUUGGCUAAAGGAUCUGCAAUUGCAAUAGACAUGCCAAUGAAUGUUACUGCCGUUGUCAUCUAUCUAGCUAUUGUUUUGGCAGGCUAUAUUGUUGUAUCCAUUGCAGAUAGCUUUGCCCCUCUUGAAAUAUCAACACGACUCAAAAUAUCUAAUGCAAAAGCAAUCUUUACCCAGGAUGUUAUUAUCCGUGGUGACAAAAUACUACCUUUGUAUAGUCGGGUUGUUGAUGCUCAAGCACCUCUAGCAAUUGUUGUCCCUAGUAGAGGUUCUAGCUUAAAAAUGGAAUUGCGUGGCUGUGACAUGUCUUGGCAUGCAUUUCUAGAAAGAGUAGAACAUUUCAAAAAAGAUGAAUUUGCUGCAGUACAACAACCUGUAGAUGCAUUCACAAACAUCCUGUUUUCAUCUGGAACUACAGGGGAACCAAAGGCAAUUCCUUGGACCCAUGCAACUCCUCUCAAGGCUGCUGCUGAUGCAUGGUGCCACAUGGAUAUUCAAAAAGGCGAUGUUGUUGCUUGGCCUACUAAUCUUGGUUGGAUGAUGGGUCCUUGGCUAGUUUAUGCUUCCCUCUUGAAUGGGGCUUCCAUGGCCUUAUAUAAUGGAUCUCCCCUUGGCUCUGGAUUUGCAAAGUUUGUACAGGAUGCUAAAGUGACCAUGCUCGGUGUGGUUCCAAGUAUUGUUCGGGCAUGGAAAAAUACCAAUUGCACAGCUGGUUUUGAUUGGUCUUCUAUUCGAUGCUUUAGUUCAACUGGUGAGGCAUCCAACGUAGAUGAGUAUCUAUGGCUGAUGGGGAGAGCUCACUACAAGCCUGUCAUUGAAUAUUGUGGGGGUACUGAGAUUGGUGGUGGAUUUGUUUCUGGGUCAUUGUUGCAGGCUCAGUCAUUGGCUGCAUUCAGCACACCAGCUAUGGGUUGCACCCUGUUUAUCCUUUGCAGUGAUGGAAAUCCUAUUCUGCAAAACACACCAGGAAUUGGUGAACUGGCCCUUGCUCCUAUCAUGCUUGGAGCUUCAAAUACACUGCUCAAUGCCAAUCAUUAUGAUGUCUACUUCAGGGGAAUGCCCAUGUGGAAUGGGAAGGUUCUUCGGAGGCAUGGAGAUGAGUUUGAGUGCACUUCUAAAGGAUAUUAUAGAGCACAUGGUCGUGCGGAUGAUACAAUGAAUCUUGGGGGAAUCAAGGUAAGUUCAAUUGAGAUUGAGCGCAUCUGUAAUGGAGUUGACGACACUAUCCUUGAGACAGCAGCCAUUGGGGUGCCACCAGUUGGAGGUGGUCCUGAAAAAUUGGCCAUUGCUGUUGUUUUCAAGGAUUCAAAUAGCUUGCCAGAUGUGGAUCAAUUGAAGAUGAAAUUCAACUCCUCACUGCAGAAAAAACUGAAUCCUUUGUUCAGGGUCUCAGCUGUUGUGCCUGUAUCAUCUCUUCCAAGGACAGCCUCAAAUAAGGUCAUGAGAAGGGUUUUGCGGCAGCAAUUCUCUCAGCUUUAUCAAGCAAGCACAUCAAGGAUUGCAUCUGGUUUCUUGCUACAGAGUCCCCCACAAAGGCCAUCGACUUCCCUCUAACGAUCUCCAGGAACUGUAUCGCCUCGAAAUGAGGUAGCUCACAGCCAUCAGGUUUCCAUCUCCAGUACAAGUAGCCGGUAUCAGGUCUCCCAUGCAGCAUACAGUUUUGAGGACCAUGUAUGUGUUUGCAAGUUGUAUUUGUAUAAUAAGGUCCCUUGGAUUGCGGAACCCAUUCCCCAUUGAAUAUAUCACACUUCUUUAACCUGAACUUUGUUGAAUUAUUUACACUUUUUCUAUGAGAAGGGUAAGAUGAUGAGGAUGGACUCUGAUGGACAAAGGGAGGGAUGAUGGUGAAAAGAAUAAGGAUUAGGGUGAGGGCCAGAAGUGUUUUGGGGGUGUUGUACAGGUUGGUCUUCCCAUGAGGAAAGAUCGAUUACGGGAAGCUUCAUUGAAGAAAAGUAAGAAGAGUUGAUGCAUUUGGGGUAUAUAUAGGCCGGCGUGGACUGUGGAGAGUAUUGCGUGGAGGUUUUCAGUUCUUUUCUAUCGUUCUUUGUAUGGAUGUUGUACGUGUCAUGACUUGUGAAUGAAUGUUCAUUCUGAUAUUUAUGUUUUGAGUAUGGAAAAGACCGUUGAGGCCGCCCCUUUAUGGUGGAUAAGGACGUGUUUGGCGCAGAACUACGCCACCAUAUUCACCGCCACCUAUCUUAAGCAAAUGGUUGUAUUGAAGUUACUGACUUGCCCAUCUUAUUUAUGGAUUUUUUAUGUGGGAUUUAGGGUUUUGAAAUUUCAACGUGGGUAUAUGGAUUUUUUUUCUUCGCAUCAUUUAAGCAGUCUCUCAAGUCAGAAAGCUAUCAAGUAGUUUUGUACUAGGGGAUUUUUGUUAGGUUUGAACAGUGGAAUCUUCUCUCUCUC